ACCGUCUCUACAACCCAGCAUAUCACCACCUGCAGCGUCAGCGCAGAAUGUACAUGAUAACGACUCGUUAGAUGACUUUCUUUCAUCUUGAUGAGUUAUUCCAGGCCACCCGAAAUGGAGACACCGCAGAACCACAAGCCCCUCCAUAUCUCGAAGCGCCAACUAAUCGACGAGAGCCGUCUGCUUACUGAUGCCACAACCCCGAACUCAGUUUAUGUGCCAGGCAAUACUCAAAGCCCCUUAUUAUCGAAGAUUAGACUACCUCAGUGCCGAUUGUUUCUCCAAGGAUGGACAACAAUGCCCGUCUUUCGUAGAGCUAGAUUCAACGUUCCCUGUUCAGGGUGUCGAGACGGCCAUAGUCGACGAAACGAGGCCUUCUCCUCCACUACAUGAGAGGGCUGGUGGAUCGUGCGACCAUGGCAGCGUCUACAAUAUUAAGGAUGAACUACGACAAAUCUUAGCAGAAGCAGUGU